AUGUCUUAAAUAAAGUUUAGCUUACGCCAGCAAGUAUAAUUUGGACAAGGUUUAUACUUGGCAAGUUCUUAAAAUAAUUGGAAAAUAGAUGAAAGUUGUAGGAUGACUUGUAUUAAGGUAAUUAAGUGUUCAGAUAUGUAGAGUAAUCGAUGGGAACUUCUAUUUCAAGUAACUGAUGAGCAAUUAGAGUACAAAUAUGUGAUUGCUGAUUAUGAUAAUCCUUCGUUAAACACCUAAAUUUGGGAAAGAGGCAGCAACAGAAAUCUCUGUAAAUCUAAAUCAAUUGGUUCCCAAACUAUAAAAGAUAAGUGGGAGAAAAGAAUGAUUUCUCUCAAACUAAUGGCUUUAAAUAAAAAUUCUUUGGCCAUGAUAAUUGGGAGCUUUCCUGCUCUGCCAACUCCAAUUCAAAUGAAAUUGUUAGAAAAGAAGUCCGUGAUGUAUUUCACUGCAAAAUUUUACAUCGACAUCGCUUAUUCGGAUUAAGUGAUCCAAUUUCAAUAUUAUUUGCUGAUAAAAGAUCCUAGUAAUAUGUUUUUCGACUUUUAGCCCCCAUUGAAUUCAUUAGUACUCCUAUAACUCUUGGUAUUUCGGAAAGAACUUAAGAAAUAUGUCAACCAAUCUCCUUUUAUAGAAUUGCUCUAUAUUUCAUUCAUAUUUUUUCUAUGA